AGUGACCACAAUCUUUGCAUACACCACGWGCUUAUAACGCAGUCGCGCACUACACGGCUGUUGUUCAUUUGUCGUGAAGAUGAAGUCUGUAUUCUUGCUAUUUSUWCUCUUGAUGCUGUUGUCGUUCGAGUCUAUUGACGCCGCWAGGGGAAGAGGCGGGGGAAGAAGUAGUGGCCGAAGCCGUUCAAGCAGUCGUUCACGUUCGAGUUCCAGAUCCGGCUCAACCAGACGAAUGAAAUACGGGCCUUACUCUGGCAGUGUGACCAAAUACACACCUAUUCCUGUUCGAACGAAAACUACACCAGCGAUCAUAAAACAAACGACUGUGCCCUCAAGAUCUAACAUUUAUACCAAGCUGUUUGUUGGGUACAUGGUYUUUCGGUACGUUAGUCUUAGYAAUAGACCCGUCUACAGACAAAGAUAUAGAAAUCCGUACAGUCAAAGCGAAGUCGUAAUCCCUGAAGAGAGAGCCAUUCGUGUUACCAAAAUAGAAGAGAAAUUGCUCGAUUCGGAUGGUAAAUCCUGCUUAAAUUCGCACGAAGAGCGAAAGCUUUUGCCGGACAUCAAUGAACGUGUGUCGUUCGUAUCAUGCGAAGUCAAGUAUGGCGAUGGACGUCGAAWGUACUACACCGGCGAUAGCGCCAAAAAUGUGGUUUUAGACAAGUCAGUUCUYGACCAAGAUGUUCARGUUUCCACUCUUGUGAAGUACAAUGGAUCAAUAAUUGAAAAUACUCAAUGCACUCAGAUGGAGAAUAAUGUGGAAGGGACUGUCAUUCGCUUGUAUGCUACAAACCCUGACAAGGCAGGCAUAACAAGUGGUAGCCGUCUCGUCAUUGUUUUGGCUUUUAUCGUUUAUUUUAUCUUCACACUCGCCUGACACACUGAAAGCAAAGAACAUCACAAACUAAUCCUCACKAUAAGGAAUGCUGGUAUUAUACUUAAAGAAAACAACACACUUCAAACAUGUAGAAAAUGCAAAUCACAGAACAGAACUGUGACUAACUUAUCGUCACCUGCGUCGCUUUUGUAUUUGCUCACUUUGAAUUAAUUUUGCUAAAAGACUAAUGAUAAUUUAGUGCUUCUUUUUAGAGAAGCUAAUUUGUCAUCAAUAAUUUUUUUGUACGUAAAUAAUAUCUAAGGCCGAAUGUUUUGAACGUUUAUUAUAAUUAUUUGAGGCCGCAUGUUUUAAACGUUGUUUUGCAGGUGGCCAAAAAAAUAAAAAUUUUCAGCAGAUAAUUCAAUUUGCUAUUGAAACGACAAGUGUGAUGGUCCUUUUUUACUUAGGAAUAUUGUGCRCAUUUGAAAAUAUUUGGAAAUUAUCAAUUUUGCAUGCGAUUAUCACGGUGACGUAAUGCACACUGAGUUAUGUGGUGUGACUGACGCAAUUAGGUCGUUGUUGGUAUUCCGUCAUAGUUUUAGUAAUAAUGUGUUAGUAUUAGACAUACUAGKUUAACGAUUCAAGGCAAAGACUAUAAGAAUUCACCGUUAAAUACUAUUAAAGUGUAUUAAUGUGCGAUUAAUAUAGCAGCUGAAGCAAAGCAGCUAGGCUUAAUAUACUUGGCGUGACACUGUAUGAACAUAAACAAAACUAUUAUGAUGUUAAUGUUAAUAGUUAUUGUUUGGUUAUGUAUAAAAGACAAAGUAAUAAUAAAGUUGGCUUUGUUGGUUGA